ACUGUCCUCAGCCAGAUAGAGAUGGCAGUACAGAGUUGCAAGGUGUUUCUUAGACAUGUAUGAAGACAUGCCUGGAACAGCAAACAGCUAGGCAGAGACAUGGAUGUGACAUGCAAGCAGGCAGAGGAAGUGAUAAUGAUGUCUGGAGGAGACAUGGCCAAGCCACUCCUAGGCCGUCGGAACGUGGACAAUGACCCCAACCUGGUGCCCACAGCUGGCCGCACCAUCGGGAUCCUGGGAAGCGGCGACUUUGCACGCUCCCUGGCCAUUCGUCUGACAUUCUCGGGUUUCAAGGUGGUGGUUGGAAGCCGCAACCCCAAGCGCAAAGCCAGCCUCUUUCCAUUGGCCGCAGAAGUGACUUUCCAGGCCGACGCGGUGAAGAAGACCGAUAUUAUUUUCGUGGCCGUUUUCAGGGAACACUACUCUAUGCUCUGCGAGCUGAGCGACGUGCUGACGGGCAAGAUACUGGUGGAUGUCAGCAACAACACCGAAAUGAACCUCCACAAAGAAUCAAACGCAGAGUACCUGGCUUCCCUCUUCCCAACGUGCACUGUUGUCAAAGGAUUCAACGUGAUAUCUGCAUGGACUUUACAGUCAGGUCCCAGAGAUGGAAAUAAGCAGGUCUUGAUCUGCUCCGAUAACCAAGAAGCCAAACGCACAGUUGCUGAAAUCAUUCGUGUCAUGGGCUUCACCCCUGCGGACAUGGGCUCCUUGUCUUCAGCCUGUGAGAUUGAGAACAUUCCUCUGCGCCUCCUCCCGGCUUGGAAAAUCCCCGUCUUUCUGGCCCUGGGCCUCUUUCUCUGUUUCUUCACCUAUAACUUGGUCAGACAAGUGAUACACCCCUACAUCAGGGAGCAGAAGAACAAGUUCUACAAAAUCCCCAUUGAGGUGGUCAAUACCACGCUGCCAUGCGUGGCCUACGUUAUGCUGUCACUCGUCUAUCUGCCUGGGGUCCUGGCAGCCUUGUUACAGCUGUACCAUGGCACGAAGUACAGACGCUUUCCAGACUGGCUGGACCAGUGGCUACAGCACAGAAAGCAGAUUGGUCUCCUCAGCUUUUUCUGCGCAGCCCUGCAUGCUGUAUACAGCCUGGCCUUGCCCAUGCGCCGGUCUCAUCGGUAUCAGUUAAUAGAGACAGCCGUCAAACAGGCAAUGGAGAAGAAACCUGAUGUGUGGAUAGAGGAGGAGGUCUGGAGAAUGGAGAUGUAUAUCUCUUUUGGAAUAAUCGCCCUGGGCUUGCUGUCAUUGCUCGCCAUCACGUCACUUCCAUCCAUCGCCAACUCUCUCAACUGGAGGGAAUUCAGUUUUGUUCAGUCCACCCUGGGAUUUAUUGCCUUGGUCAUCAGCACCCUUCACACGCUCACCUACGGAUGGACAAGGGCCUUUGAUGAAAACCAAUACAAAUUCUAUUUGCCUCCAACCUAUACCCUGACGCUACUGGUGCCAUGUACUGUCAUCCUUGCUAAAGUCUUCUUUCUCUUGCCCUGUGUUCGCCAAAGACUACUGCGUAUCAGGAGGGGCUGGGAAAAGGGUAGGUAUGUGAAAUUCACCCUGCCCAGUGCGACUGGGGAGUUUUCAAGUGGGGAAACUUCCAGUAAUGUGUAACAAGGCACUUCUUGUUGGGGAAGAUAACAAAGCACUAUGAAGAUUUCUAGAGUUCAGCUGUAUAUGUUUGGUAUAAUUGUAUUGUGGGUAACUAUAGGCAUCUUCGGUGACUUCAGAAAAAUCAAUUACCACGGAACUAGUUUAUGCAGAAGUAUUUAAAGUAUAUUGCUGAUUUCCUAGUAAAUUGUUGCCUUAAAAAUCACCGUGACACUGGAGCUAGCUGCUCCGAAUAUAGACAGAAUACUAAGGGGGUCCAGAGGUUGCAGUGGUUAGUUGGGAGUAUAGAUGGUGGUAUUCUCUGUUGCAGCCCCAUCUACACCCACAGGAUUUAAAUGCUUGUUUUAAGUGGGAGGGGGUAUAGACUUUCUUCCUGCUCUCACUCCACAAGGGCAAGGAAAUCCUUCUCUAGAUGACCCAAGGAAAGAAAGCCUGAAUCUAUUGAACUGAAAAGAUGGCUCUGAGAUGUGCGGUGGGGUUUUUUUGUUUUUAUUUUUUUUUCUUCCCCCAUCAACGGGGAGUGGACAUGAAGGUGAAUGAGGACAAGGUAAGUUUUGGCCUUAACUGUUUCAGAUAUGCAGCAGAAAUGUCCAAGUACUUUGCGAGUUGUUGGAGGAGCUUCUGAAGCUGACCCAGGGACUCAGCAAAUUGGAGAGCAAGUCUAACUAGCCACUGCUUUCAAGGGCAAAAGGGCAUAUCUGCUCCUGCAAAUAGGGUCAGUGUAGGUGCAUAUUAAUGUAUAUGGAAAAAAUGCUCUCUUUCCAAAGGCAGUAAAAGCAUUAGGUUCUGGAAGUCAACAAUGUGCCCAAAGUGCAUUUAUACCUUAAAGUAAUCCAUGGGGGCCGUUACUGUCACAUGUUCUCAGUUUUUAUGAAACCAAAGUUGUAUGCAUGACCUAGUAACAGAAAAAACAUAGAGCUAAUCUUCCAAAAGGACUCGCAGCCUUGCAAUACUGAUUCGGAGAAUUGGGGAACUAGUGGCUAGCAGAGCAAAAUGCAAGAAAUGAGUUCAGGUGGCUCAAAACUACUAUCUGUAUCGGAUCCAAAACAUUUCCAACAGUUUCUACAACAGCAGCUUUCACUACCUCUUAUCAAGGAUGCAACUUGUUAUUCCAUCGCUGAGUCUCAAUCAUAGAAAGGGCAGGGAUCAGUGACACAUGAUGGGCCUCAUUCUCCACAGCCCUGCACACUGAAAAAUUCUUCAGGGACGGGUCCAAGAAGGGACUGAAUAGAUUGAUUUUGAUGGAGUUUGGGGGCCUAAAUAUGAGUUAGGCUUGCAUUGCACAGGGCUCGUGGCCACAGAGAACAAUGGAGAACUAAAUCUUAUUGUUCUUUCUCUUCCCUCUGUUCGCCAUCCAUUUGAACACUUGGAGCCAGGUCCAAUUCUGCCUAUUAGACAUCUAAAUAGGCCUAGACACCCAAGAGUGAUCCUGCAUGAGCCCCUAAAAACUAUUAACACAUCUACUUUGGUAACAGGCUGCUACCAAGCUGUAAGACUGUCACAGAAAGCAGCAAAGAGAAGGACAGACUUCCUUUUUGCAUUAAUGGAUUUUCAGGGUCUUGAGCAGUGGAAUAGGAUCCCACUUAGACACAUCACUUCGCUUACACAUUUAGUAGUUGCAUAAGGAUCUGGCUCCUGCCCUUUAUCACAACAAUCCUUCAGCCUGUGGGCAGUACAGAUUCAUGUUCCACCCUGAAUGGCAAUAAAAUGUCAUCUCAGGUGCUUUGCAGACUUGCAGGGAGAGACAGUUGGGAGCUAGAGACACAGGGAGAUUGUCGUAGGCAACAGGUGAUAGGAACUGGUUGCAAUAGCUUGGUUUUCCUACAGAAGAACAGAAUAUAUAGGUCAGUGCUGGAUAGUGCCUAGAAGACGCAUGUUAAAUACCUCAAUGGUGGGAGGAUUUUAAAAAGCAGCAGUGCAGCCUUAAACUGUCAGCAACAGCAAUGACUUUCCAACUCUGCAGACCAGGGAUAACCCAGAAUUUCAGUUGUUUCAAAAGGAUAGCCCUGAAAUCUCUAAACAACCCCUUUUUUCUUACUAGAUAAAAGGAAAUGAGGAUAAGUGAGAGAAAAUAAGGGUUUCACCAUCAGUAAUUUGGUUGUAAAACGGGAGGUGUUGUGCAUUCCUGCUGUGUCUUUCAGGGCAAAUCGGAUUAUCCCGAACCUCUGUGCUCCAACUGUAAUCUGCUAAAAUUGCUCACAAAAGCAGAUAGACUUGGCAGCAAUAUAAGCAAUCACCCGGCAAACAAUAGCUUCUGCAGGGAUUUGAGUCAGUGCAGGUGGGGAGGGGAGGGUAACUCCAUUCACUUCAGUUUAACUCUGUUUGGAGGCAAAUUUGCAUCCAGCAGGAUUGUUCAUUCCAGCUUCCUGUUCAAUUCUCUUAUCAGGCAAAGUUAACAUAAAGAGUGCCACUUUUCAUAUUUUCUGGCUAACAGAAGGUAUCUUGAUCCCAAUGUCUUUUCUCACAAUUAAGUUUCCUCUCUCUCCUCUUUAGCAGGUAAGCUGGCAGACAUACCUCAUUAGCCAAAAGAGGAGAGGGAGAGAAAGUUAUUUGAGAUGUAGGCUUUGUCUUCAAUGCAAAAGAAGUAUGGUGCUUGACACCAAGAGAACUAGAAGUAAAAACGCAAAUGCUUCUUCGCUGAAGGCAAGGUUUGCAUGGUGUGCACUUCUGGCUCACCCUGACACAGGCCAGUGUUCCCAUUGACAUCACAGGCCCUGCUCACAUGAGGAAGAGUAAGGGAGUUGGGUACAUGCAAACACUUGAGGAUCUGGGUAUGUCUAAAUGGCUUCCCCAGUGCCUCCUGGAGCCUUGCUUUCAAAAAUCCUUUGCUCACCCAGCCUUGUCUGCACGUGGCAAACCUGGAAAUGAAGCCAUUAAGAGGGUGCUCUCUGCCCAUUGUUCAAGCACUCCAGAGACAGAUUUCUAGAGCGUGCUGAUGGGCAGGGGAGAGGGGCACCCUUACUGCAGACUCACUGCCUCGUUUCUGGGGUUGCUGGGGGAAGAGCAGGAGUGGGGAGGCAAUGGGGAUAGGAGGUAUGAGUGAAGUUAGCUUAAAGAUGUCCUCGUUACAUUUUUUGUACUCAAAAAUACUAUGUGUGUGUAUAUAUGUGUAUAUAUCUAUUUUGCUGCAAAAUUUAUAGCUGAAAUGUAUACUCUUUGUAUUUUUAUUUUCUGUACUGCCUACUUUGUGCCUCUAGAAUAUAUAUAAACAUACUGAAAAUCUAUAAAAAACAGGGCCAGUUUAAUCUGUCAUCAUUGGCCUCUUAUUCUUAUAAAUAUAGAUGUAUAAAGAUACUAUAAUGAUCUAUAAAAUGGUAUCAUACUCA